AUGCCUCCAUCCCAACCGAAACCCAUAGUAAAACCAAAGUCUCAAGAGAUCUUCAAAGAGCACUCUUUUCUGGAUACGUUUGCGCUGACCGUGAUCUUCAUCACCCUGCCGUCGUGGCUGGGAUUGUUGAUUUUGAGCGCUUUCGGCAUAUUCAGCUACUCCAAGAACCUAAUGGGCAAGAUCGUGUUUUUUUGGUCAUGCCAUAACACACAGGUCACGGUUCAAGAGAUUUACUCAAUGUUUAUGUUUUUUGUGGUUGACGUCUGUUUGUACUUCCUUUUAUUGCACCGAAGCCCGAAAUCAUUGAAGUACGUUUAUCUUUUAGCUAAGGCCUUUGUUGCCUCCACCAUAACUUCUCCGAAACACAAGUUUUACCGCAAUGCAUUCCUGACGUUAUUUAUCAUAUUUAAUAUCCAGUUUUUAGACCAUUGGUUGAAGGACUUCCUGAAACUGCCCUCCAGGGUCAACUUGAGCACAGAGUUUCUUUACUACCGACUGAACGAUUUACUCUUGCAUCAACAAUACCUCAAGAGAUUGAACAAUCCAAGGUUCAGCGACCUGUUAGAUUUCUUUGUCCAAUUCAGUUCAUCUAUUUUUUCUAUGCAUAUCGUGUUAAUCAACCUGACUAAAAAAGUGCCCCUCAAGCUGAAAGCUCCUUUUGCUCCAUCCACUGAAAAGGAUUCUAAUGACCAUGACGACAUAGGACUGAAAUCUAUAGGGAACUCCAUACUAGAAGUUGAAAUACCUGAAGACAUUGAACCCCUACCAUUUACUAAUAAACUCUCAUCCGCAAUGUCUGCUCCGGCUUCUUAUCCUACCGAAGUUGUUUCUGAAACUAUCAGUGUUUCCUCUCCAUUGGCAGUGGUUGCUAGAAAUUUCGAAAAUUUUGCUAUUUUUUCAUUUGUGCCAUCUAUCCACUUUUCCAUUGUGAGUUCUAAUCGUGCCAUUCUUGACAAGAAGCUGAGAUCGAUUUCUCUAAGCAAAAUACAACAACCAAUAUGGGCAUUUUUGUCUGCUGCAAAGACCAUGUUCAACAAACAAGAUCUUUAUAGUGGUGAAAUGGACACAGAAACGUAUCAAAAUAGAACUGCCUUAAUUCAGCACAAUGAUUCAACAUCCUUAACAUCUAUUGUGCAAUGUUUCACAUCUUAUGUGGGAGAAACCGCUAUCGCGUUUGAACUCUAUAGGGUUCAAAUUAAUGAAGUUAAAAUCCGUGUGAAUGGUAUUGUUUGGUACCAAGUUUGUUCAGCUUCUAUCGAUGACAGGGAAAUAAUAGUUGUCAAUGGGCUUUCACCUUUGUCUCAGUAUGACAUUGAAUUGUACAACAUCUCUGAGUCAAACAAACAAUUUCUGCUUGCUAACGUUACUGUUAGCACAAUAUCUCCCAAUUGCAAAGUUUCCCAGGCGAAAAAGAAUACUCCUUUGCUCACACUUCAAGAAUCUCUAGCCACCACUAAUGAGCAUGUGAAUAGAGAGAAACUCAAAUUAAAAAAGACGCGCAAAGAUUACAGCCAGAGAACUCAGGCAAUCAAGAAUGAGAUUGAGAUUUUAAAGAAGAAGCUUUAUGCUAACGAUAAAACGGACGAGAGGAAUUACCGGAGAAAGAUUGACUUAAAACAAGAAUUGAGCAAACUGGAUCAAGAGAACUCCGAGCUAGAAUCUCAACACAUGGAUCUGUUUACCAAAGAAACUGAACUGAACGAAGUAUAUUUGGAGGAACGAAGGACGUACGAGGCAAACCUUCGAAGCGUUCAAACCACAGAAAACGCAUACUCCGAGACCAUUAAUUCCAGGAAGGAGAUCUUGGAAAAAUUAAAAAACGACGAAGCAUUGAUAAUUAAAAGAAAGGACAAGUUGCAAGCAAAACAGCAAAAGCUCCUUGAAAGCAUAGAUAAAAUUGAAAUUGAACUACAACAGUGCAUAGAAGAAGAAGUAGAAAGACGUAUAUCCUCCAGAAAAGAAAGAAUGAAACAAAAGCAAGAGGCUUUACAAGGAUACAGAUCUGAAAUAUCCAAAUACGAGGAUGAUGUCAAUAGUCUAGCACUUGAAAAUAACUCUCUUAGGGCGGCAGGGGGUGUAACCGAGAGCACUUAUUCCUUAGCCAGUCGGCCAACAUCGCCAAUUGGACACAAUUCGGUUCAGGGUUUGUAUAAUUCUCUUAGUUCCAUGAAUAAUCAGACAUGGAGCUAUAAAUGA